AUGACCGACGAAAUUAUGAGUUUCUUCGUAAAACGAGUGCCAUUCUUCAAUAACGGCCACCUGUUCAAAUACUUCCAUGAUGCGUUCUUCUUCCUGUGGAAUGGUGGGCUUGAACAGCAAGUGCGGACGCUCAAAUUCCAAUAUCCUAACUACAAAUUCUAUGUGACCGGCCACUCGCUUGGUGCGUCGAUCGCUUCCAUCUGUGCCUCAUACCUAGUUAAGUGGAAUAUGACUACGCCAGAAAAUCUACGACUGGUCACAUUUGGCCAGCCUCGAACAGGCGACUACGACUUCGCCACAUGGCAUGAGGCUACGUUUCCGUACGCCUAUCGUAUUAUUCACCAUCGCGAUCCUGUACCGCACAUCCCGCCACGGCUCGGACCUGAUCAGGUGUUCCACCACCGAUUUGAGAUU